GAAAAUUAAUAAAAAAGACAUUUUUGAGAAUUUCUUGAUCUCUUCUUCUCAACUUUUUUUCUUCUUCUUCUUCUCAACUUUUCUCCAUUUCCUAUCAGCCACCGUGAUUCUCUUUCCGGUCACCGCCUCUCUCGCCGGUUUGCUGAAGUUAUUCAGAUUUUAGAGGAUGAAUGCGGUUGGGAGGCUAGGGAGUUACAUCUCUCGAGGUGUAUACACAGUCUCUGGGCCCUUUCAUCCAUUCGGUGGUGCUGUUGAUAUUAUUGUAGUUGAACAACAAGAUGGGAGCUAUAAAUCGUCCCCUUGGUAUGUUCGGUUUGGGAAGUUUCAAGGGGUGUUGAAAACGAGAGAGAAGAUUGUUAAGAUAUGGGUUAAUGGAAUCGAAACUAGUUUUCACAUGUAUUUGGAUCACAAAGGGGAAGCUUACUUUCUUCGGGAGGUAGAUGAUGAUGUGGAAGAAGGCGAAUCUGUGUUGAAUCGCUCUUCAUCUUCUGGUGAUGAUACAGAAGGGAAAUCCUCAGAUAAUCAAACACCGUUGAAGUCUGAAACCGGAAGUUUUGAUGGUUCUAAGGAAGUUGAUCAAAUCGAAAAGAGCAAUGGGAAGGUUACAAUAAGGACUAAUUCGCGUAGAUCAAAGCUCCUUGGCUUUUUCGGGAGGACUUCAAUGAAAAUGAAUGAUGAUGGAGAAGUGAAUGAUAUACAAAGGGCUGAUUCAUUGCAGCGUGCAGAGUUUGCAGCUAAUCUUUUAGAAGUGAAAUGGUCCACCAAUCUUGCUACCGAAAUACCUGUGAACGAUGAUCCUUUUCCAAGUUUGGCUACCGAUGUUUUGGAUGAGCAGGCUCAUCAAGAGGUGGAUGAUAAUAGUAAAGAACGAGAUGUGAGCUCGUCUAUACAUGAUAGCCAAGAACAUAGUCUAGAAGAAGAGACUUGUCCCGACAAUGAGAAAGUGAUCCUUGAUUCUCUGUCUAGUUUUGAUAGUGUUCAGGAAACUACAGCGAAUGAAAGUUCUGUUGUCAGUAAUGGUGAGGUAGUAGCAUCAAAUGGAGUUCUUUCUGGGAUUAGUGAUGCUGAUUUGCUAGUUGCACAAGAGCUUGAGUUUUAUUCCGGCAAACAAUUCAAUGAGGAAGAGGUUGUUACUAGAAGAGAUGUUGUAUCACCAAGUUAUCAAUUUUCUCGGGAUGGUGAAUCGUCAGAGAGCUUAAUAGCCAAGUGGGAUGCUUCAAGCAAACAAACUCAUGAGGCUGCUGACAUUGAUAGUGGUAAAAGUGGGGAAUUUCAAGUUCAUGCUGGAACCGAAUCAUCGUCUCAGGAUACGGCUUCUCAUCAGCUCGUGGAGGAUUUUGAAUCACAGGCUGAGAGACCUAACGACCAAUCAGAACUAACAAAACCCUCUCACUCAUCCACACCGAACAACAAUGUGGCCUUUGAUGAGCCAUUCAUACUGCCAUUAGAGGAAGACUCAUUGUUUUUUGGUGAUAUUGAUGAAUUCAAAACCUUCGAGGAUCAGAAAAUCGAGGAUUUUCCUUGUUCACAAGGCGUUGAAGAGCUAAAUGACUCAAUUAGCAAAGAUAAUCAAUCACAUUCAUUGGAAGUUAAAAUUAAUAAACGAAAUCAACCAUCUCCUUUUGAAAAUUCAAUAGGGAAUCCGAGGGUGUCAUCGAGCCCCAUAGGUAUUAUUAGAACUCCUAAGGUGAUUGAAGAAGUUGGGUGGCUAACUGAAUCAUUGCCAACAAUUCGUUCUCAUAUUGACAGUUUCGACGAUCACGAUAUUCAAUGUCUAAGCCAUUCACUGGAUUCGAAGUCCAAAUUGCUGAAUUGGACACUGCACAGUGAAGAUGACCUGAGCCUUAUGAAAUCAGAUGGAGACAAAGAGGAGAACCAAUUAGAACCAGAAGUGGCGGAUAUCGAAGAUCCGUCGGAAACAGGGGAGGUUAAUAAUGACUCUUCCAAUACAGUUGGGACGGUUUCACUUGGGACGAGUUCACAAAUAUUUGAACCAGAAGGCGCAAUAGCUGUUGACACAGUUGAAAAAACUAUUACAGGAGGAGAUCGAGAUCCAUCUAUACAAAAUCUUUCUCCUAGCGGGAGUUGGAGACUCUGGCCUUUCUCCUUCAGAAGAUCAAGAUCUUGGAAGGGUGUGAAGACACCUUUGGACGACGUUAGAAUUUCUGAGGCUGAAAAUGAUUCUGAGAUCAAAAGUAGUAGCAUUGUUGAAGAAAAAAGUAUGCUUGAACCCAAGAUGGGGAAGAAAAUGGUUAGAACACUUUGUCCAACAUCCGAGCAACUCGCAUCCUUAAAUCUAAAUGAUGGGACGAAUACAAUAACAUUCACGUUUAUGACUCCAAUGCUCGGGAGGCAACAGGUUGAUGCUAGAAUUUAUAAAUGGAAAUGGAACACUCGAAUUGUAAUCUCCGAUGUGGAUGGGACUAUUACAAGAUCAGAUGUUCUUGGUCAGUUCAUGCCCAUGGUUGGAGUAGAUUGGUCACAAACAGGUGUUGCACAUUUAUUUUCAGCUAUUAAGGAAAAUGGGUAUCAGUUGCUUUUUCUAAGCGCCCGAGCAAUCUCACAGGCGUAUCUUACUAGACAAUUUCUUGUCAAUCUUAAGCAGGAUGGAAAAGCUUUACCAGAGGGGCCUGUGGUGAUUUCGCCUGAUGGGCUUUUCCCCUCGCUUUACCGAGAAGUUAUUAGAAGGGCUCCUCAUGAAUUCAAGAUUUCAUGCUUGGAGGAAAUCAAAUCAUUGUUUCCCGCCGAUUGCAGUCCAUUCUAUGCUGGUUUCGGAAAUAGAGAUACAGAUGAAGUUAGCUACCUUAAGGUUGGAAUUCCACUAGGGAAAAUCUUCAUUAUCAAUCCAAAGGGAGAGGUUGCUGUUAACCGGCGAGUUGACACGAAAUCAUACAAAUCCAUUCAUGCUCUUGUUAACGGCAUGUUUCCAUCCACGAGUUCCUCCGAGCAGGAGGAUUACAAUUCAUGGAAUUUUUGGAGGUUGCCACCUCCCAACAUGGAUAUCUGAACAUCAUAAUACAUUUCUUAACCCUCUUCAAAUGGAGUGUGCCUUUCACAACCUUGUACAAAACUGUGAAGGUGAGAAUUGGUCAAUGCUAUUAGGAAAUGGUUCCAACAUAAUUAGGCAGGUGAUGAGGAGGACAGGUGGCCAGCUAUUAUUGGCCACUGACAAACAGCUCACAUUCAAAGGAAAGAGCUGAGGUCCAAUCCAAACUUGUGUGUUUCUCUUUGUAUUUUUCAAUUUUGUAUGAAUUGAAUGCUUCAAAAUCUGUUGAUCAAUCAAAACACAUUAAUUUCAAUUUUGUAUAGUUAAAUGGGCAUUUGAUCCAAUCAACAGAUUUUUUUGUAUGUUUAGUCAUCUAUAGGGUAUUGUUUUCAUGUACAUAUAAACCUUAAAAAUGUAUACAAAAAUUUUUCUCAUAUUAA